GUUUAAACUGUUUGGUGGAAUCAAAACCAUUAAACCAUUAAAAAAGUUUUGUUAACGACGUAUAAUAAAACUGAUGUUUACUUGACUAAAGAAGCCAACAAAAUUUAAGUAAAUGUGAAUUUUCUCACCAACAUACAAUCCUGUGUUUGUCAAUGGAGGCUAGCGAUCAAUCAAAGAAUCUACAAUUCAAAUUAUUUGGUGAAAUAUAAAUAACCAAAUAAGAUGCUGAUGUUACUUCAACAAUCAAGUGUCAUAUAUUAAUAAAAUAUAUAAUAUUGUGGAUAAUGCCAGGGCCGGCCCUAGACUAAGCCCAAUGAAACAUUCGCCUUAGACCCCCAAAAUUUUUGAAAAUUUUUAUAUGUAAAUAAGUUCUCAAUUUAUAAAAAAAAAUAUUUUAAGUUUCCAAAUUUUUAAAAUUUUUACUAAAUGGUCUUGGGCCUCCAAACUCUCAGGAUCGGCCCUAAAUAACGCUACAUGCUUAUGUAUUGGGAGAUGAAUGUGAGCCAUAACAAUAUUGUGGAUACAAAACUUGUGAAGAGAAAUGUGUGUCAGUGCGUGCUAAGAAAGAACCGCGUGGAAUUGCAAAUCAAAUAAUGUCGCAUCACAGAUCACUUUCUUUUUCUUAUUUUCUUCUGUUUAGCUUCUAAACGUUUCUCUCUUGCUAGUUUCCUUACAAACACCAUUUUCACACUUCUUAUUUUUUUCCAAUUAUGUCCAUCAUCCAAUCUCGAUCUUGGUUAAUCUCGAAUCAUAACCUUAUCAGUUUCAGUACGAUCUCCUAACAGAAUCUCUUCCAAACCAAGAUUAGUCUUCAAAUUCUAUAGAAUUGCAUCGAAAAGAAUAAUCCACGAUCUUAACGUUCUUAAAAUGGUAACAAAACUCAUCUUUCUGCUAAUAUAGUUCGUUCUUCAAGAGUCAUAUCAAAUUAUUAAUUUGCAGAAUCCAAAGUCUUCUGAAGGCGAGUGUUUUUAAAUUGAACACAUGUUUUUCACCAUGCCACAAAAACCUUGCGAUUCCGUCAUUGUUCUUCUUCUUAACCUAAUUCAUCGCUUCCUUCCCUUUCCAUCUAUUCUCCUGAAUCUGUUUUUGUUGAUACUUACAGAGAAAGGAUGCUUUCUCCUCCUCUCUGUUGGGAUUGUAUUAAGUCCAUGUUCAACUCUUUAUUAUCCGAUUAGUACGAUAUUGUUUACUUUGGACCUAAUUGGCAAGCCCGCAUGGAUUUACUUUUGGUUUCCAUCCCAAAAGACCUCGUACUAUUAGAGUUGGACAUCUCUUUAUAUAUUAGACACUCUUUGUCUAAUUCUCCAAUGUGGGACUUAGUUUGUUAUCUCACAUUCUCCCCCUCAAACUAAGGAUCACAUUCAUCUCGUGUCCCACAACUGACUUCCAGAAUCUUCUGACAUGAUUUCUGCUACACACCUCUUAUUCCUAACUCAUAGUAUACCAUUCAUCUCUCGAAGGUAUUUCGGUCUUCUUUUAGAUUUCUCGUCAACAGCUCUGAUACCAAUUAUUGGGAUUGUAUUAAGCUCAUGUCCAACUCUUUAUUAUCUGAUUAGUACGAUAUUGUCCACUUUGGACCUAAUUGGCAAGCCCGCAUGGAUUUACUUUUGGUUUCCAUCCCAAAAGGCCUCGUACUAUUAGAGGUGGACAUCUCUUUACAUAUUAGACACUCUUUGUCUAAUUCUCCAAUGUGGGACUUAGUUUGUUAUCUCACAUUCUCAGUAAGAAAAGAGGAGGACAGAGUGAAGCAAAAUAGAGAUUUUAAGCUACAAUGGUUCCUAAGCUCACACCAAUGACGUUCAAAUAGUCUUUUCUUCUCAGUCUCUUGCUUUUUCCUCUCAUUAUCUCUUGUGUUCAUCGUCUGGCUUAUCAGAGGCGGAUCUACAUGCACAUGAGGGGGGGGUCAGCUGACCCCACUAAAAUAUUAAAAACUAAACUUGUUACACUAUUUACGUAAAGAACAAAUGGUCUAGUUGUGUUAGUUCUCUAGCAUUGACCCCGCCACUCUAUAUAUACAACUCGAUUUGAGUUCUGUUGAUCCUUACAAAUAAUAAUACAACAUAUAUGGUCCAAUAGGUACGAAUUUAGGUAAAUAAGAAAACGAAUAAGAUUUGAACUUAUAGUGGAUAGAUAAGUUAAAGCAAUGUUUCUUUUUCGAUAACUUGGUACCAAUAACUUGUUCUUACACUACAAAAUUUGAACAUUCCUUUUUCUUAACAAACAAUUUAUUUCCUUUUUCCGAGUCUUCAUUUGUGUUUUACGCAAACCGGUAAAUUUCUUUUUUCCUUGUAUCGCAUAUUCCCAAUACCACCUUUCACUUGCUUAGGCGACAAGUAACUAUGGGUAUUUUCGUCAAUAAACAUAUCACUCAUCUACCCUCGCCCUAUAAAUAACAAACCAUCACAACUCACUUUAGCACACACCAACUAAAACUCCAACAGUAGAGAACACACAAAAACCCUAGAAGUUUUACGAUAAUUGUCAUUCAUGGUUGCAAGAAGUGAGAGUUUUGACCGGACGGUGGAAGAUACGACAACCAAUUGUCUGAUGCUGUUGUCGAGAGUUGGGGAAUGCGGCGGAGGAGACGUAGAGGGUCGCGUUUUCAGAUGCAAGACUUGCAUGAAAGAGUUCUCAUCGUUCCACGCUCUGGGAGUUCAUCGCGUAAGCCACAAGAAGCCAGUUAGCAAUAGCAGCGGCGAAGAACAGUUGGGAAUCUUCAUCAAGAAGAAGACCAAGAAGACGGGGUGGCAUCAUCGUUGUUCGAUAUGUGGCCUGGAGUUUGAGAUGGGACAGGCUCUUGGGGGUCACAUGAGGAAGCACUGGAACAAGGAAGACUCUGGCGGGGCGUUGAUUACACACUCUUUUUUCCCGGAGGCGGCGAUGACUAGGACUUUGAAGGAAACGAGUAAAGAGAAGGGAGUUGCGUGUUUGGAACCGGGAUCAGAUUCGAUAGAGGGUAUCAAUUUGAAGUUAGAAUUGGGAAGAACGAUGUACUGAUUUUUCUUUUAUCUUUUCAUAUUAUUUUUAUAGACUAGCCAACAUAUACUCUUUUACCUGACCCAUCAACGUGAAUAUAUUCUGAUUUUACUAUCCAAGAUUUCUUUUCUUGUAAGCUAUCAUUUUUUUUUGGUUUCACAUGAGAUGGUUUGAGAUGUGAAUGUUGCAGUAGGUUUUGGAGU